AUGACGACGCCAGCAACAGCCACCUCGCAGCCCCUUGUUUGGGCACCGACACCCGACGAGAUCCAACACACCUCGCUCGACAAGUUUCGUCGUCUGGUCAAUGCUCGCUUCCAUCUCUCUCUCAACAGCUACCAUGAGCUGCACGACUUCUCCAUCAACCGCUUGGAGGACUUUUGGGCGACGGUGUGGGAUUUUGCCGGGGUUCGUGCCUCGACUCGUUUCGACCGGGUGCUAUCGGAUCCCAAUGCCCUGCCAGGCGACCUUCCCGAGUGGUUCCCCGGCGCGUCGUUCAGUUUGGCGCAGAACAUCCUGUUCCCGCUGCAUCCUGCGAACACGACGUUCUGCUCGCCCAAGGCACCGUACCACUGGCCGCAUCCGCAAGCGGUUGCGCUGAUCGAAGUCCCCGAAGGAGGCGGACUGGCCGAUUCGGGUGUCAACGCCCAAGCCGUCAAAGUGACGUGGGGAGAGCUGAGGCGGAGAGUUGCCUUGCUCGCCGAGACAUUCCGCAGGAUCGGAGUCAAGAAGGGUGACAGGCUGGCACACGUUUCGGCCAACACGACGUCUCCCAUCGUUGCAACGCUCGCGUCAAACAGCGUCGGUGCGAUCUACUCGCUCAUCGCCACCGAUGCUGGUCCGCAGGCCAUCUACGGCAGACUGGCGCAGAUCCGGCCCAAGCUGCUGUUCACCGACGACGCGGUACUGUACAAUGGCAAGCAGGUCGACAUCCUCGACCGCGUCGCACAGGUGGCAGAGCGACUGCAGGCCGACGACAAGAUCGACUCCCCGCUUCACUUCCAGGUCGUCAUCAUCCGCAACACUCGACUUGCCAAUGCAAGCCCGCGAUGGACCUCUACCAAAGUGCGCGGCGUCGAGAUGCACGACUUUGUGCAACAGACAGGAUUGCACAUGACUGACUCGCCCGCGCACAGGUUCGAGCAGCUGCCCGCGCAGCAUCCUGUGCAGAUCUUCUUCUCGAGCGGCACCACGGGUGAGCCCAAAUGCAUCAUCCACACGCAGUGCAUGCUGCUCAAUCAGAAAAAGGAAGCGCUGCUGCUCAUGGAUCUCAAACCAUCCGACAUGUUCCUCCAGAUCACGUCGUGCGGCUGGAUCAUGUGGGCCUACCACCUGGUCGUGCUCUCCGUCGGCGGCACAGCCGUGCUCUACGACGGCUCCCCGCUCUUCCCCAACCCGGCGCACAUCGUCCAAGUCGUCUCGCACCUCAAGUGUUCCGGCUAUGGCGCUAGCCCGCGCUUCCUCAGCGAGCUCGAAAAGUACUGCACGGAGAAACGGUUCAGCAUCGCUUCACAGCUGGACCUGCGUAAGUUCAGGAUGAUGACCAGCACCGGCUCGCCGCUGUCGCCCAAGAACGUCGAGUUCUUCUACGCCCAGUUCCCGAAGCGCGCGCACCUGUGCAGUAUUUCGGGCGGGACGGACAUGGCAGGUGUGCUCGUGGGCCCGAGCAAGAUGCUGCCGCUGUAUGGCAACUUCAUCCAGUGCAAGGCGCUCGGGUUCGACAUUCAGAUCUGGGACGCCGAGACGGGCGAGCGCAUCGACGACACGGGCAAACCAGGCGAACUGGUGGUGGCCAAACCGUUUCCAACUCAGCCAACGGGAUUCUUUGGCCCACCGGACCAGAAGCAGGCGCUGUACGAAAAGUACAUGGACUCGUACUACUUGCGCUUCCCCGGUCGCAAGGUGUGGGCUCAAGGCGACUUUAUCUACCAAGAUGCCACGACAAAAGGUCUCGAGAUCCUCGGUCGCUCUGAUGGCGUCCUAAAUCCCAGCGGAGUGCGGUUCGGCAGCUCCGAGAUCUACAGUGUGGUCGAGAAAUUCGAAUUCGUCGGAGACAGCAUCGUGGUCGGUCAACGUCGACCAGGCCGCGACGAACACGAACGCGUGCUGCUCUUCAUCAAGAUGCGCGACCCUGCUGCUACACUCGACGAGACGCACAUCGGCCAACUCAAGGCGGCGAUCAAGGCGGCGUACUCGGCACGCCACGUUCCGGAACACACAUUCCAGGUGCAAGACAUCCCCGUCACGUUGAACGGCAAGAAGACCGAGUUGGCCGUCAAAGCGGUGGUCAACGGCAAUGCCGGGUUCAAGCCCUCCAGUGCGACGGCAAACCCGCAGAGCUUGGAAGAGUACGCGCAGUACGCGGAUCUCGAAGCGGUCGUCGCGGCUCGAGCCAAGGCUGCAAGAGCCGGAGCCAAGCUCUGA